CCUUGGAAUUAAGAAAAAAAGAAAGAAAAAAAAAAGGUUGACAAGAGCUCAGAACGGUUUCAUGGUGACAGAUUCAUCUUCGUGGGAAAUAAUCAUUGAAAAGCAUGACUUUUCUCAACAUCUGAUUUGACUACAAGAACAUAGGCUACUGUACUUCCGUUUAAGAACUCGAUGAGCUGCUCAGUCAGGAGAGAGAUGAACGCCUUCCUCUUUGUUAGACAUCAGGAAGUAAUGAACACACACACGUAUGUUUUGAAAGUUGGAUUUCCCCACAUCAGUCAGUGCAGCGAAGAAUUUCUGUAUUGCUUAAUAAUGGGAUACGUGUCAACAUCUGAUCCGUCUGCGGUGCUUUGCUGAACAUUUCAAUCUGAGCUCAACCAAUCACAGCUGUGCAUCAACCGUUUUCCUCAAUCAUGUCGGAUUUGAAUGACUCUUUGAACAUAAACUUCUUGAAAGAGUCUGUAUUGAAGAGGCUCUGUGAGUCCCUUGACAAGGCCAACAAUAAGGGAUGGCGAAAACUGGGGGAGAUUGUGAAAAGUGAGAAGCGAUUCAAAGUGAGUCUGGAUGAUAUGGACAUGUGUUCCCUGAAGGCUUUGGAGGCGGACGGAAGUCCUUCCCGCAGUCUGCUCAAACUCAUUGGAGAUCAGGGAUGUAUGGUGGGUGAACUGGUGGAGUUUCUACAGAUCAUGGGUCAUACGGAUGCCCUGCAGUGUCUGAAAUCUCCAGGAAUUCAAAUCAUCGUCCAGCCGCAGUCGGUGGCUGUCAUUGCUGGACACAACCUUCGUCUCAGUUGUUAUGCGGUUGGUGCUUCACAUGUGCAAUUCAAGUGGUUUAAGAAAACGGAAGAGGUACAUAACAGCUCCUCCCCAGACCUGGUGUUCAGUCCAGUCCGGCUCAAAGAUGCAGGGUUUUACAUCUGUCGAGUGAACUGUGGAAACGCGUAUGAGUUCAGUCACUGGGCCCAAGUAGAUGUCCUCGAUGUUCCACCAAGAUAUGGAUUAGUGUCUCUGGCUUCAGAGGGCAGGCCGAGGGUGCUGAUCCAGCCUCAAGCCCAAAGGCUGCUGGUGGGAGAUUUACUCUAUCUGGAGUGUGGAGCUAUUGGAAGACCCCUACCACAAUAUCAAUGGUACAGAAACGGAGUGCCGAUCAAAAAAGCCACUAAGAGGAAGUACACUGUCAAGAAUUUGUUGCCAGAGCACCAGGGAAGAUAUCGCUGUGAGAUCUUCUGCAGUAAUGAACGAACAUGGAGCAAUGAAGUGGAUGUUGUUGUUCUAGAUGAUUUUUUGAUUAUUGAAAGGGAAUACAGUCUUGAGAAACCUUAUGCUACAGACAAAGUGGCUCUUCUGAUUGGUAACCUCACAUAUCGAAACCACCCGCAGCUGAAAGCACCCAUGGUUGACGUGUACGACCUCACCAAUCUGCUGCGGCAGCUCAACUUUAAAGUGGUGUCUCUGCUGGAUCUAACUGAGUCAGAGAUGAGGAACGCUGUGGAGGAGUUCUUGUCCCUGCUUCAUAAGGGAGUGUAUGGUUUGUUGUAUUAUGCUGGACAUGGUUAUGAGAACUUUGGGAACAGCUUUAUGGUACCUGUUGAUGCCCCAAAUCCGUACCGUUCAGGCAACUGUCUCUGCGUUCAGAGCAUUCUGAAGCUGAUGCAGGAGAAGGAGACUGGACUCAAUGUCUUCCUUCUUGACAUGUGCAGGAAAAGAAAUUUACAUGACGAUGCCACGCCAAAUGUUGUGCUCCAAGUUACAGCCAAUAUUGUGUUUGGAUAUGCCACUUGCCAAGAUGCUGAGGCUUUUGAACUGAGCUCAAGUGGAUUCACCAAUGGAGUCUUUAUAAAAUUCCUGAAGGAGCGCCUCCUAGAGGAUGAGAAGAUAACUGUUUUGCUAGACAGAGUGGCUGAAGAUAUGGGUCAGUUUGACCCCACAAAGGGUAAGCAGGCUCUAGAGAUCCGCAGCAGCCUGUCAGAGAGACGGUCCCUCACCGAUGCCAUCCGCCCCGGGGACUACUCCGAUGCCGCCGAGGCACAUAAUCUGCUCUGGGCUAAAGCUAAUGAACUGCCGCAGAGUAAAAUUCUGGACUUUGAAUGUGGAGUUCAGAUAAAAAUGGACUUUGCUGCAGAGUUUUCCAAUGUGCUGGUCAUCUACACCAGCAUUGUGAAAAAGCCAGAAGAGAUGCUGUCUUGUCAGGCACACAUAACUAACCUCCCUUUGGACCUGGAUGUGGACCCUAAGCUGAUGAACAAAGAAACUCUGGAGGAAACAGGAAGCUUCCUACUUUCAGGGAGUCUUCCUCAGCACUGCCUCUACACCAGACUCAGCUCACUGCAGAAACUCAAGGAGGAACUAGCCUUCACUGUCUGCCUACAAGUCCUGUUUAACUCCCUAGACGACCUGGUCCAGUGGAACAUGGAUGUAAACGUCGGAAAGCCCCUCACUGCCAAACUGGAUCUUAACCGUCCCACCAGGAAGAACAGCUGUCAGCUGACGUGUCCCAUGCCGCACAGCCCCUCGACCAGCCCCAGCCACAGCCCUGCAUCUGACCGCCGCUUCCACAGCCAGGGCCCAUGCUUCCACAGCCAGGGCCCAUGCUUCCCCCAGCAGCACAACAACCCCUACCUCAACGUCUGCGAGCCCCUCCACGGAGCUGUAGGGGGCUAUGGGGACUUUCGAUUGUACGUUGACCAUACACAUCAAUAUGAGAAUAUACCAUGCUUGCCCUACCUGAACCCACCAAGUAUUCCCAUUGAGACCACUGAUGACAUUGACGACAUGCAGAAUGAGUUCAUGAAUAGUUUGCAACUCUAUAACCAUCCCUGAGUGAGUACACAGUGGUAAACCAAUAAUUUAAGGGAUACUCCACACAUAAAAAAAAUACAAUUCUCUAUCAUUUAGCCAUCCCAGAUGUUUAUGACUGACUUCCAUUGAAUGAACAUCUCCAUGAGUCAAUACAAUGGAAGUGUAUGGGAUCACCAAAGUUUGCAUUUGAAGCAUCGGCUUUGUCAAAAGGUCUUAAAAGUUGUCAAAAGAAAGUCAUAUACAUCUGGGAUGGCCUUAGAAUGAAUAAAUGAAAAGUCCUUUAAAGACUGUGGAGUUAAUAUAUUAAAGGUUUUUUAACAGAUCAGAGCUGAUGGGUGCCGGGAUUGGGAAAGAGUUGGGAUUUGAACAGCGUUAUAUGACGUGUUCUGCCCACAUGGCUAUCAGUGAUUGUAAUGCAAAAAUGUAUCAUCCCAAGUGAUUGUCUCAUCUCUAUCAGUUUUCAGUCUUUAUUUUCAUGUUACUAACUUAUUACAACACCUCCAAAAUAUUUUAGCAUAAAGAAAAUACUGUAGCAAUGUUACUGUAAGUAUAUAGUAAUUUAAAAUAUUUUAUGUAAAAAAUCCUGUCACCUUUUUACAUCUCAAAACAUCUCUUUCUUCAUAUAGAUUUUAAACCUAUUUAGAAAAAUUGUCUUUAUUUUUAAACAAAAAGUGCAUGAAUCAAAUGUCAUGAUUAUCUUUUAACAUGUAGAUAUUGUUCAUAACUCUGGCUUUGAAAUUAAAGGUUACUCAAUGUGAGAAGGUCAGUUACAAUUUCAUAAAAAAGAAAGGAAGAAAGAAAGAAACAAGAAACCACUUAAAAACAAGUAAUUGAUUAAAAAGAAUAACUAGAAAUCCAAUGAAAAUAAAUUUCUGAACAUCU